UGUUUCGAAUUUGUAGUAUCUGCGAACAGAAAAUAUUUUUACAAAAGAUCCUAAAAAAAAAGCAAAAAAUAAUAAGUAAAAAAUUAAUUUUUACUAACUAAACUAUAAUGAAAAAUCAUAUUAAAAUAAGGCUACAAUAGCCAGUUAAAUCUGCUUUGACAUGGAGGAAUAUUUCGCAACUUCGUUAAACAAACUGAAAACGAAUAACUACGCAAACCUUACUUUAGUCAUAGGCAAUGAAAGCUGCGAUUUGGACUCUGCUGUAAGUUCAAUUGUCUAUGCCUCGUUCCUGCACUGGCAACACAACAGGGUUAAAUGUAAAGUGUGCACCGUUUCAAAAAGGGAUGAUGAAGUUAAGGAUGAUAUUUUUAUCUCCAUCUUGGAUGUGAAUAGAGAUGACUUCGCUUUGAAGACCGAAGUGGUUUUUGCCCUGGCAGAACACGGUAUAUUUGAUAAGGAUUUAAUAUUCAGCGACGAUAUAGAUAUCGAUAAAUUGGUAUGCGAGGGAAACGCCGGUGUUAUAUUGGUAGACCAUCAUACAUUAUCUAAGAAAUAUGAAUAUUUAGCACCACAUGUGACAGAAAUUAUAGAUCAUCGCCCUCUAGACAAAACCCGAUGGGUGUACAACGAGGACGUUCGGAGCACAAUCGAGUUGGUUGGCUCGUGUUGUACUCUUAUAGCUCAAAGGGUUCGCGACCUAAGCAAGUUAAUCGGCAAGGAAAUAGAUUUCUUUGAUAGCCACCCGGCCUGCACCCAGCUUCUACACAGUGCAAUACUGUUGGAUACUGUGAACUUUUCAAAGGAAGUGGGCAAGGCGACGAGUCAUGAUGAAGAAAUUGUAUCGUUCCUCGAAGGUCUAUUGAAGGUGGAGCAGUGUGAGCGAGAGAGAAUAGCGAAGGUAGACGGUCUACUGGCAGCGCGAAGCGAUGUGUCUCGCCUGAACGCCGCACAGCUACUGAGGAAAGAUCUGAAGAUAUUCGGAUAUAUAUUUGUACCCAGCUUUCCAAUACUAGUGAAGGAUUUUCUAAAGAAACCUGAAGCAAUUGAGGCCGUCAGCGAAGCCCUGUCGUCUCGGAAGUGCGCCGUGGCGCUCCUUUUAGGAAUGGAACUCCAAGGAGGGCUUCAAAGGGACGGGGUCAUAGUAAGCGCUGAUGAUAAACUAUCCAAGUCUCUGGCAAAGUUUCUUCAUGAAUGGUCCAGUCCUUCGCUACUAUUGGUACCAGACCCGGAUAUCCAUUGCUUUUAUUUUAAACAAACUAACUUAUCAGCCUCCAGAAAACAAUACGUACCCGCAUUAAACGAGUUCUUGAAUACAUAUAAACAUUAAUAGCUAGCUCGACUUCACUUUCGGGGGACAGAGUUCGAAUCCCAG